GAAAGAGGGGACUGGCUUUAGCAUGAUGUGAAUGGAAUAGAUUCGAAGCAAGAGGGAGGAGGACAGCACAAAUCAACCUGCUUCUUGACUUUAAGAAGCAAACAGAAGCGCUGGCGGACACACACGCACACGCGCACACACAGAUCGGGACGUGUGCGUCUUCCGCUGGCUCCUUUUAUUUUCGGAGAGAGGAAGAGAGCAGCCGACAGGAGGAACUGAAGGAGGAGGAGAGGGAGCCGCGCCGCGGAGAUAGAUAGCAGAAAAAUGCUGUCAUGGGGAGACAGAAGGGGAGGUUGUCGGCAGAGAGGAACAGGAUGAAGCGCGGCAGGGUCGAGCGCAGUUGAAAUGUGGAGGUGUCCAGUGGAUGAGACCAAACAGGAAGUUGUAAGCACCAAGGAGUGCCGACGAGUAGGUGCCAUGUUGAUACAGGCAGAGCCUCUUCUACACAGAGGACUCAGAGUGGGACUCCAGUGAUGAUCCUGCUAUCCUCGCUGCACAGGAAGGAGCACCCCACCACCAGACCACCACCCAAGCACACAUCUGCGCACCUGGACGGUCCCCCGAUGCGAGUACGAGCUGAAUGGUCCACUCUGUCGUCUCCACAUACAUCCCAAGAACUCAUUUACACGCGAAAACAAAGUGUGACAACUCUCAGAGGCAUCUAUGAGAGACCAAGCGUGGAAAGAGGUCAACUCUCCUAAUUGGUGUGAAUGAGGACUUUUUCUCUUGGGUCACCAUCGAGACCAAAUAAGGAAAUUAAAGUGGGAGCAGUAAGCACUUAGUGAGAGGGAAGAAGAAACCGGUUGAUCUGCGUCCUCAGGCACCAUGCAGUCCGAUGACCUGUUCAUUCGCAAGUUUCGGCGUCAGAAUGUGCGGCCACCUAUCGCCAGCGUCAACUUCGACACCAAACGGGAUGCCAGUGUCGUGGAAUGGCCGCCCAGGAGGGACGGGGACGGCGUUGAUGGCGACACCCUCACCCCGAGUCUCGUGGGACUGAGCCUGAGGUCGGUAGGACGGGGCCACAUCAUGCAGAGGAGCAACAGCGAUGUGACCUUGGGCGACUUGGACUCCUCCGGAAAAGCAGGGGUGAAAGCAGCCCGGACAGUGGGCGAGAAGGCGGGAGUUGGGGCUCAGGGGGACUCAGGUGUCCUGCUACACAGGGAAUACGGCAGCCUUUCCUCACUGGAGAGACAGACUCAGGCACAGGAACCUUGCACAGAUGCCCAGGGGCCCCUGAGUCCGAGCGCGCUCCGCUUCAAGGACCCCUUCCUGCUUUUAGGGCUGCAGGGCAACCCUCCAGAGCCCGACGGCUUCUUUCGGGGCCUGUCUGCCUCAACAGGGGAUUCGCCGAAGCCCGCCAAGCCGCCAAAGCCUGAAGGUCUAACCAAGAAGGCCAAACCCGCGCCUGCGCCCAUCCCUCAACCAGGACCCAAUGACAACAUCGGGGGCGGAGCUUGGGUGAGGAACUUUGCUCACUAUGACGUACAGAGCAUACUGUUUGACCUCACAGAGGUGGCGACCAACAGAGACAGCAUCGGGCGGAAAAAGAACAUCACAUCCGGGGCCUCGGCUGCCUCCCAGCUGCGCCCCCUGUGCCAGGCCACCCUGUCCUCACCCGCCCAGGGAGGGGGAGGAAACGGGGGGAACGCCGAGGACCCGGAGCAGUCUCUGCUCCUGGACGAAGGGGACGGCAACGACAACGAGCUCCUGCUCAGCUGCCCCCACUUCCGCAACGAGACCGGGGGAGAGGAGCAGGUGGGCCUGGGCCGGUCGCAGGGCCGGCGCGGCCUCUGGUCGAGCCUGCGGACCCCCAACGACGCAGUGUCGGUGCUCGAGGAGCCCCGAGAGAGUCACAUCCAGCAGCAGGGCAAGAGCAACUACUUCAUAGAGCAUGCGGAUCUGGGAGCCCAUUACUAUCGCAAAUACUUUUACAUGAAAGAACACCAGAAUUUCUUCGGCAUAGACGACCGCCUUGGUCCGGUGGCCAUCAGUUUUCGCCGUGAGGAGAAAGAAGGAACCAGCGGAGCCCAGUACAAUUACAGAAUCGUCUUUCGGACCACGGAGCUGAAGACGCUGCGCGGCUCCAUCUUGGAGGAGUCGGUGCCGUCCGCGGCCCGUCACGCCACCCCCAGAGGCUUGUCUCCCAAGAGGCUGCUGGAGUUCAUCAUGCCUGAGCUGAACCUGCACUGCCUUCGCCUGGCGUCGAACUCCCCGAAGGUCCGGGACACCCUGCUGAAGCUGGACGAACAGGGGCUAAACUUCCAGCGGAAGGUUGGAGUGAUGUACUGCCGGGCCGGGCAGAGCUCAGAGGAAGACAUGUACAACAACGAGAGCUCCGGGCCGGCGUUUGAGGAGUUCCUGGAUCUGCUCGGGGAGCGGGUGCGGCUGAAGGGCUGGGAGAAAUACCGAGCUCAGCUGGACAACAAGACGGACUCCACCGGGAUACAUUCCCUCUAUACGCGCUACCAGGACUAUGAGAUCAUGUUCCAUGUGUCCACCAUGCUGCCCUACACAGCCAACAACACGCAGCAGCUGCUGAGGAAGCGACACAUCGGCAACGACAUCGUGACAAUCGUGUUCCAGGAGCCGGGCGCGCUGCCCUUCACUCCCAAGUCCAUCCGCUCCCAUUUCCAGCAUGUCUUCAUCAUCGUGCAGGUUCACGAACCCUGUUCUGAGAACACCUACUACAGGGUGGCUGUGACACGCUCUAAAGACAUCCCAUUAUUCGGCCCGCUGUUCCCUAAGGGAGCCCGGUUUCCCCGCUCGCCCGCCUUCAGAGACUUCCUCCUGGCCAAAGCAGUCAAUGCCGAGAACGCCGCCGAGAAGUCGGAGAAGUUCCGCUCCAUGGCCACGCGCACGCGGCAGGAAUACCUGAAGGACCUGGCGGAGAACUACGUGACCACCACACCCAUCGACUCCUCCACCAAGUUCCCCCUGCUCUCCCUGGGAGGCAAGCGCAAGGACAAGCUGAAGGGCACCAGGGGCGCCGAGCUGCACAGCGCAGGCGCGCUGGUGUGGGCCGUGAUGGUCAACGCCGGGGACGAGGGGGAGGCGGGGGAGCACAGGCUGCCGUGUCUGCUCGGGGUCUCGGCUGAGUCGGUGGUCCUCAUCGAGCGAUGCACACGCAGGGUGGUGUUCAACUGCUCCUGCCGGGACGUCAUCGGCUGGAAGGCGGUGACAGAGACUAAAGAGGGGGGGCCAUACUUGGAUAUCUUCUAUGAGCGAGGGGAGUCUGUGACAAUCAGUGUAAUGGAGAGUCAGGCUGAGGACAUUCGAGAGGUGGUGCAGCGGCUUGAGCUGUUCACCCGAGGCUGCGAAGCCCUGGAGGUGACCCCCCUGCGCGACGGCGUCGGCCAGCCGGGCUUCCUGAUGAACGAGGAAGGCUUCGUGACGGAGCUGCAGAGGUUCUGCUACGCCGAGAGCGGGGGCCUGCAGCUGUGGGCCCGCGUGGUGCGCCUGUGCGGGCGCUCCCUGGUGCACCUGAGCCCGGAGGAGCGCACCAGGCUGCUCCGCACCGCGCACAAGAUCCACAUCACCGUCAUCCCGCCGGAGAAGAACGGCAAGCCUCGCAGAAGUUUCUCUGAGCUGUACCAGAAGGCCAUCAAGGAUGCGGAGUGUAAGCCCGGGGAGGACCAGUCCGGGGAGGCCUGGGUGCUGGACGAGAGGGAGGAGCAGGGGGAGGAGGAGAAGGAGAAGGAGGGGGAGGAGGCGAGGACGGAGGAGCUGAACCCGGCCGGGGUCGACCAGGUGGAUGCGGCGGAGGUGCGGGCGGAGGCCGACGAGCAUCCGGGCGACGACGGGCCGAGCGACGGCAGCCACGGCUCGGCCCUGACGCUGCCCAGCCUGGCUCUGUUACGGGCCACGUCGCUGCAGGAGCAGCCGGCGGACCGGGACCAGGAGGGCGGCAGCUCGCAGCUCACACGCAGCCACUCUCUGGAGAGGCAGGCGUCCUAUGGCGACACGUGUGACGGGCACAUGUACGACAACGUGGGCCUAAAGGUGGACAGCCACAUCUACGAGAACGUCGGGGAGCUGAGAGACGCCACGCCGGACCUGAUCCUGGCCGUCAAGCCCAAGGUCCCGCCGGAGGACGAGCAGUUCGCCGGGGACGCGUUCGGCGACGACAAAGCUUCGGCGAGCGACUGUCUCUCGUCCUCGCGGCUGUCGAGCAUUGACCGAGCUGAGAGGAACUCGCGAGCCCUGAGCCUUCACAAUUCCAUCACCAAGAUUCUCUCAGAGACGACAGAUCCGACCGAGGAGGAGUGGCAGUCCAUCGCUGACCUGGCCACAGCCUGCCGCAGCAUCCUGGACGCUUUGUCCCGAGAGGACCGCAAAGCCAGCGAUUCCUCACAAGCAGGAACAGACCAGAGUGACGGGAAGUGGAGGGACUCCAAGGACAGUGACUCUCCCGGCCACCUAGAGGAGAAGGUGUCACAGCUGGAGUCCAUGCUGAAGAAGCUGCAGGAUGACUUACAAAAGGAGAAGGAGGACAAAGCGGUGCUGCAGGCCGAGGUGCAAAGCCUCAGGCAGAACAACCAGCGGCUGCAGGAGGAGUCGCAGAGCACAGUGGCCCGCCUCAUCAAAGUCACAGAGCUGCUGUGCAACGUCAACAAACCCUGUUAGCUUCACACGUCCACACACAAGUCAGCGGACGCCGGUCGCGCGACGUCCCUCCACACAUGUUCCUGUUCAUGCAUAUUUGCCAACGCAAAUACACACACCUGUUCCCCUGAGCCUGUGCAUCACCGCGGCACACAUUCUGGAGCCGCUCUUAGUGAGGGAGUAUGCAAAUCAACAUAAAGGAGAAAAAUGACAUUUUCAGCGUCCCAUGACAUUCACAGACUGACCAACGUGCAGCUCUCAAACUGCUGCUGUACCACAGUUGUUAUGUGUGUAUGUGUGUGUGUGUGUGUGUGUGUGGAUAUGUGUGCGUGCGUGUGUGUGCAUUUCUUACUGUACCUAGCUUCCAAUACUUGACAAACUGGGUCGAAUAGCACUUGCAUAAAAAAGUGGCAACGAAGACUGAGAGACACUGUAUAGCAUGUUUGGUGGUGUCCUUUCUGAAAUGACCAAAAGUGUAUAUAUAUAACACCAGUAAUAUAUGUGAGCAGUAGUAUCGCUAUCCUCUCUUUGCCAGAUGUGUAGUUGCAAUGUCUGAGUAUGGUUCUGCCUGGCGCUGCUAGUGUGAAAGGCUUUGGAAUAAAACACGAGGGAAAAAAAGCGGAGACGCCGACGAUCACAGGCCCGUAGGCAGCCUUCUACUUCAAAAGCUGUAAUGAUGCUAACUGACUGGCCUCAGAGCAAGGUCCGUUAUGUAACCACACCGGUCUCUGCCCUCCUUCAUUUUAAAGGCGUACGGUAUUUGAGAAAUUCUGGCGUUUUUAAGGGAGAGAUAGCUUUUAAAAAAUUCAUGAAUGGAAAGGACAAACUGGAAAUGUCACCCUCAAAAAAAAGAAAAAACUGAGCAUGCUUGUUCCGCCUGGAAGUGUGUGUGAGCCCAGUAUUAAAGGGAUUUUACCUCUGCUGAAGACACAGACGAUGGCGGGGAAGAACUGCUCCAGCUUCCUUCCAUAAUUGCCUGUAGCUGUUUUCUUCUAACCUCAAUCUUGUAGCAGCCAUACUGUAGAAAACGUCCUGCCGGCCUGAACUACGAAACGCCAAAAGGCAGCUUUUCUUUCAGCUGGCGACAUAGCUUUAGGUGUCUGAAUACAACACCUUCAACUAGUAGUGAAAUACAGAAUAUUGUAUGUGUCUAGUGUUUGGCAGGCGUCUACAGCUUGGACAACUGCUCCGCUAAUGAGCGGCGGCAGUAAAGGACAUUAGGUGAAGUCUGACGUGUGCUUGUGUGUGUUCCUGUGUCGCUCUUGCACUUUUCUGUUGUUGUUUUUUUUUUAUUAUUUGUAAAAUCAGCACUGGACAGGGCUGAUUCAGCCUGAGGUUAUGUCUUGCUCAACAUAAGAAAGAACCCCCCCACCCCCCACCCACCUUUUUGUGUCCACUGCUGACGGCGCCAUGUUUAGAGGAGAUGGACUGCUGCUCCUUAGUGCCAACAAAAAGCCCAGGCAGCUCACCCCCCCCCCCCCCCAACCCCCCCAAACAGAAUGGAUGGACUCAAACUAUAUAGACUUUGGACUCUGACAAAAAAGGGAUGCCAAAUGCCAGUGACUUAGACUCUUGUUUCUUGUACAGACUUCCUCUUGUAAUUUUAUUUUAGAGUCACUGUGAAUACCUGGUACCAGCAUAUUAAGAUACAGUAUAUAAAGAUUAAAUUAUGAAUCUAAACUUUAUUAGUAUGUGAAUAUACUGUAUGUACAGCUGAACUGUUCCAUGUUAUUUAGUGCAUUGGGUUGUGUAUGCCCUCCCUUUGCAGGAUGAUUAUGCAGAAACGUGUUCAUCUUGCCCCGUGCAGGCUCCUGGCUGAUCUGCUGUACAUGCCCAAGCCUCGCGACUCAACAGGGAGACGGUGGCGUGAGAAGACCUGUCUUACUGUGUCUUGUAUAGUUAUUUAGAUUGUAGGAAGUUGGUCAAGCAUGAGAAUGUGCCCAGCGACUUCCAAGCUCCCCCCUGUAUGUGUGUAUGUAUAAAAAAAUGUAACUUAUUAAUCAUGCAAAUGUGGAUUUUCUUGUAGCUGUUUAAAGUGGAGGGAAAUGAUCAUAUGGGGCAGAAAGGAAAGGUGGUUAUAAAGUUUAUUUUAUAGCGAACCAACAACCAUGAUAUGACAAAAUACUAUCUGCAACUCUUGCUUAAUGUGACUAUGGUUCUUAUUAUCAUUCUACUAUUGAGCUAUUUCAGCUAUAGUUCUUAUAUAUUUAAUAAGGUCUUAAGACACCAUUAGGUACGCCUUAAUGAGUGAAACUCUCAGAAUGGAUGGUCAAACUGGUCAUACUGGUGUUAUAGUACGUGAAGACUUAUUUCUCUGACUUUGUGCCUACCUGAAAAUGUAAUGUAUGUUAACCCUGCUUAGUGAUUUCAUUUCCUUGUCUUUGGUUGCACUUACUGAGGGUUUUUCUGUGGCAGAUGAAGGAUUUUCUAAGAGACCGUCGCAACAGCUGGUCUUUCAUCCGCUGCGGGAGGAAAAGUCAUUGAGUGACACAUGAUCCAAAAGAACAGAUAAUAAUAGAUGCGUGUUGUUAAUCUCAAGCUUCACUGAAGGUUUACAGCUCUAUGAGUACCAUCGAUUGUUAAACGAACCAUCAAAUAUAUGAUUUUUCAAAGUGAAUUAAAAAGGAAAAGGUGCUGAAAAUGACUGAGGAUGCAUUGAAAUUGAAGUUUAAAUUCAAAUGAAUGUGUUUAAUGGCAUCUGCUUCCUCUAAGGGAGAAAUAUUUUGGUAUUUAAAUAUUUAAAAAAAUAAACUGUCUUAGAAAAUCCAGAA